AUGACUGUCUCCAAGGCAUCACAUUCUUCUUCUAACUCUACCAAAUCAACUUAUUCCGAUGAUAAUUUAGACACUGCUUCUGAUUGGGAAACAGGAAAAAGCCGACCUAUUACUAUUUCCUCGAAUGCUAACGCUCUUCAUGGCGAUCAAUUAAAAGCAGAUCUGCAGUUCAAGAAAAAAUGUAUCCUGUGGGUGCACGAGGAAGGUUUUUCUAGAGAUGAUGUUGUUUUAAACGUGGAAUUAUUCCGAAAUAUCAACCCGGGCGACCUUCUGACUAUCCUACCUUGGAAGAGUCCCUUUGCAAAUCAUAUCAAAGCAACGUUAAAUAAAUAUGUUGUUACAGAGCCGGUAAGGGAGCAAGCAGCAUCUUCGAAUCCAAGCAGCUUGAAAGGAACAGAAAAAUGUAAUAAAACACUCGAUUUUGAUAUCGGAAACCAAUUCAUUUUCGUUGUUAAAGAUACCCCUAAAGACAUUAAAUCGGACCUACAAAUUUCGGUUUCAAAGCAUGUAGCUGACCUAUUUAAUUUAAAGCAUCGCUCCAAUGUUCUUGUUACAUCGGCUGACGCAAACGACAGUUCUGCAUCGCAUGUGGAGUUAUCCUUUAAAGACGAGUAUUUAGCUCGUUCUGACAUGUGGAGAUUAACUGUAAGCGAAUUAAGCGGUAAAACAGUUUAUCAUGGACAGAAAGUUCUUUUUAUGGGUUCUAUAAAAGCCCAAGUGACAGCAAUACAUAGGGACAAUCGGAAAGUACAGUCUGCUUACUUUUCUAUAGACACUAAGCCAAUAUUCAGAAGCUGCUCUGCGCGUUACACUUUAUUUAUACAGAUGUCACGAGAGAUGUGGGACUUUGACUAUGAAGGUUCUGGCGAAAUAAUGUUUAACCAAGUUAUUAAUGGUUUCUUACCUGGUCUUUUUAAAAGAUGGGCGGCUCUGAAGUUUGAACAUCUCGUUAGCAUCGUACUUUUUGCGAGAGUAGAGUAUGAUACAGGUAUUACUCAGGGACUAGCUUCGGAAACGCACAGUGAUUCAUUUUACACUGGCAUUCAGCCAAGUGGCAGCAGAAGACCAUAUAAAGACUUUUACAGAGUCGUGGUUUAUGAGAUGUCAUCAGGAUCAUGGACCACGAUCCUCUAUCAACUUAAGCUUGAGUUCAAGUUCUUCCGCAAAGACAUUUUAACGCAUCAUCUUAAAUCUUAUAUUUCUGUGUCUAAAAAAACCUCAGGCAGAAUUUCAAAUGGAGCAUCUAGCCCUCGUAUCGAGGCCGAGUCUUCACUUGCGAUGUAUGGUAACUUACUGGAGGCCAUUAAUCUUAGCUGCUCACAAUUUUCCUACGAAAAUAUUGAUCGGGAUCUGAUGAGAACAGGCGUUUCUAUUUUAUUUAUUACCCCUUGCGCCGGUCUUUUUGAAGUUGAUUUUCAAAUUUUGAAGAUGACAGCAGAAAUGCUUUCUGAAAAUAGCAUUAGCAUAGAAUUAGUAUGCCUACCAAGGAUGCCGUUGCACUUGACGCCUUUAUUCCGAUAUAGGAAUCCUAAAUAUGAUAUGUUUUUUGAAUCUCUGCGCUUGAAGACAAUCCGAAAUGAACGCAACACGCUUGGAGAGCAUGGUAUCUUUUCUAGCAGCUUCUCUUCGAUUGAAGGUUCUUUCUCCCCAUCUAAGCCCUCAAGGACAUUUAGGAACCUGCGUAUUGAUUCUUCUGCAACUAAACCUCCCGAGGAAUGGGUUUACGCCAAACCUAGUUGGAUAAAUAUAUCGUUUUGGACUGGUCCCUCAUAUAAUGAAGAUUUUUCUAAAGUUACAGAUCAACUGAACUCGAAGAAUCUUUGUGGCAUAAUGCCUAAAAGAGCUAGCGACUUUGCGGUUCGCUGUAAAAUGUAUGAGAUGGAAAUGACUGGAACCAUGGAAAGCAUCCUAACAGAAAUUUCGAUUAGCCCAUUAGAUUUCGAUCCUCUAUUUUCUCAAAUAGUGAGUCGGCCGCGCCAGAAAGUUCUAGGUAAAAUUAUCAGGAAAAAACCUUUCAGAGGCUUAUCUGAGCUGAGCUUUAGCCCUUCCAGGGCUCUGCUAGGUCGACAGACAUCGCAGGAGAAGAAUUUUCAACAAAUUUUCGAAAAUUAUGAUACCUUAGUAUCACAGGCACCUAGAGGACAAUCGAGUAUACUAGAAAGGGAAGAUAUAAGAAGACAGGUUAAACACGAGAGCACCGGAAUUCUUCAUGAUCUGACCACCACUGGCUCAGAUCUUAUCUAUACACCUGGUUUAGGUAGAGGUAGUGGCUCUAACGUACCAUAUACGGCAUCAAAUCAAAAAACCAAGAGAAAAAAACAGCGUUAUUUCACAAAUUAUGAUGAGCAAGAAGCCCGGAAAUUUGCGAAAGAUAAUUUUUUGAUCAAUAACAGUACUUCUAUGGCUAAUUCCAAAACAUAUCUGACAAAACAUUCAAAACCAGACCGCCAGAUCAGCCUAGGCAUGCAUGGGUUUGGAAUUGCAUCACCCAAAGCUGUAAUUGCUAAGCCACAAACAGAACACGCGAAUGCUUCUAAACCACGCUCGUCCUCAAAGUCUUCAAAGAAUAUGGAAAACAUGUUAAUUAAUAGUAGCUUUUUGCCACACAAUCUUUCUUUUAAGAGCCUAUCCGCCUUUGAGAUACCAUCAUCUAGAAGCAAAGAGCCUCAAUAUAGACCCAAUUCAAACCCAAAAUUUAUGUCAGAUAGCUGGAAUCUGAAAAAAAUACCACUAGUAAGACCAAUGACUAUUAAAGGUUCAACCGAGUCACCUUUUUCAAAUCAUCAACAUGAACCACAAUUAGGUCGAGAGUCAUCUUUUCACAACUCAUAUCGAAAUUUAGAUUUUGAAUCUUUUGAUGCUGUUAAAUCUUUUAAGGAAUACGAGACUCAAAGGCCAAACAACCCAAAAUUGAUUAUUAGCUCUUUCUCAGAACUAAACUCAACCUUAUCACCAACUUCAGCCCUUUUACCGUGCCCAACUAUUCUAAAUCCCUCUAAUCUAUCUAUAGAAUCCAUGAGCGAUUUAUAUCAUUACAAACAGUGGCAACAUACACCCUCACGAUUUAUGCAGAAGCAGCCAGUUAAGUGGAAAUCCCUAAGCUCUCCUGCUUCUAUCCCAUUAACAACUGAUGCAUUCCCUACAAAGUAUCAAUUAGACACAGAUUAUCAGCAAAAACCAUAUAAUAUUUCUCAGAAUUUGGACGAUGAUUUCAAUGAGGCACCAAAAAAAAGAGAGGGCUUAAUAAGAGAACUUGUCGGGCUUCGUCUUUCGCAGGGAUUUCAGAUAGUUACUGGCCCUUUAGUUGCCGAAGCUUUUGGACAAAAGGCCCUAAAAAUGGCGAGCGUAUUUGAUCAGAAUCAAAUUGCAGAAGAUGGGGUAAGCAUCUAUAUGUCGAUGGGUAGUACAAUUCAUCAGUUAUCUUGCGUUAAUGACGGCGAGGUUGAGAUAAAUAUAUUUGUUCGAAAACCAAAUCAGUCAAGUUUAUCUAAUCAAGGUCUUGUCUAUAAUCCCGCUAUUCGUACAAGCUUUGCUCAAACAUACGAAUCUCAAUCUCUUACUCUUGGCAAAAGAAAAGAUGAUUAUAAUUGGAACUACGUUGAUGCCUUCCUAGGAGGCUACAACGAAGAUAUGUCAGAUAAGCUUCGCUUUUGGUGUGCCCGUUUUGUGCUUAUACCAGUUGAAAGGCCUUCGCAUGCAAUUAGGCGUCAGGGAGAAGACAGUGAAGAAGAGAUUCGACUCGAAGGAAUCAAGAGACUAACUCAAAUGUGGCAGAGACAUAGGGUUUUGACUCCAAAUGAAAGUCGCUUUCAAACUUCAUCAUUUCGAAAAACCAAAGAUCCAAAUCCAUUGGACAUCGUUUACAAAACUGAGGACCCAUCUAACGUUGUCACCGCAGAGCUUGAGACACUUCCCUUGGUCGAAGUUGGAGAUUUAAAUAUGCGAAAAAGCCAGUUGCUUGAGACUGAGCGUUUUAAAAAGUCAAAAUUAGAUAUUGCUGCACUAGCCGAAGCUAUCCAGGCUCCUGUUGAAAAAGGCGGAGUUCGAAUGCAAAAUCGGAGGUGGCACCUGCGACUUCAUCAUAAUUGUUUUAUUGGAUCAGAUAUGGCUACUUGGCUGAUAGAUAACUUUGAGGAUAUUGAAACCAGGGAAGAAGCUGUUGAACUGGGAAAUAAACUAAUGUUAAGGGAGGAGCUUCUGAGAUCCAGGGAUAAGGAUAAAGAGAAAGAGAUGGGGUUAUUUGUUCAUGUCGAGAAACGGCAUUUGUUCCGAGACGGGCAAUAUUUUUAUCAGCUCACCGGCGAGUUUGCCAAACAAGUCCCCGAUAACCGUAGUGGAUGGUUUUCCUCAAAAAGGCGUGAUACUUCAAUUCCACCCACACCGCUAGGGGAAUGUAUGUGGAGAGAUGCUCAGAGGUCAGAACAAUCGCGGACAAGUUCUAAUUACGACGAAAAAUGCUCCCCAUGUAGCUCAAUAACUCAGACGUUUUCAUGUGGUGGAAAGAGACCUCGUGUGUUUUUAAGUAAAGUCAUGAAAUAUGAUGUUGAUCACCGCAAACGUUCAUAUCGUCCCGAGAUCAUUAAUCUUCAUUAUGACCGCCUCCACAAUCCUGAUAAUUGCUAUCAUAUACGAAUUGACUGGAUGGGUGUUACUGCUAAGCUUAUCAAAGAUGCCAUCGAAUCUUGGGCUACAGUGGCGGAUCGUUAUGGGCUUAGACUUGUUGAAGUACCCAUCGGUGAGGCUCAAAAAAUAAACUCUGUGAAUCCUUUCAGACGACCUUACCAUAUGGAACUUGUUGUCCAACCCCCAAAUCAACAGCUAAGAAGUCUCAUGGACAUAAACUGUCUCUCAUCUCCAUCUAACUCAACUCCAUCAAGCCGGAACUUCUACCAAAAGUCCAUUUUAAAGAAGUUUAAUUUUGUCCUGGAUAUCGAGGCCGCUAAAAACUUUCCAAGUAAUGUGGAUGUUCUUCAUUCUUGGGGCAAACCAGACUAUCAAUAUUCGCAGUACAUUCAUCGAUCUGGAGUCAUGCUAGCUCAAAUUACUGAUGAAGGAAACUUCCUGCUUCUAGCGAACCGGGUUUACAGUAAUAAAACUGUUACGCCUAAAGAUGAAGGUCAAAUUACCUUUAGACAGGUCGAUAAUAGCACACCUCGAUCUAUUUUAAACGAGCUGCAAGUAUUUUGUAAUGACGGAGAGGCCUUGAAAACAUUUUACCAGGAUGUGUACGACAGAAUGUAUGCUCCUUUCGCCAACACUUCACCUUGCUUUCGAAGCACGAGCGAGGGUCUUCAUGAUUACAAUAUCUCGACUCUACGCCUACCACCAAGCCUAGUUGUUCGAAACAGUGGGUCAAAUUCACGUACCACUGAUACGGCCCCGGUGACAUCUUCUCAUUACACUUCUCAAAGUAAUACGGGUGAUUGGACGGAAAAUGAUAGUUCUGAGGACUUCAGUAGCUCAGAUACCGACUCAUCUGGAAUGUAG